AUGAAGGCAAUCCUAGUCACCGGAGCCACAGGCAAACAAGGCGGCGCCGUGAUCAAUGCCCUCCUUGAGCACGAUGCCCCAUUCGAGAUCCUCGCAGUAACUCGAGACCCACAGUCGGGCUCAGCCAAACGGCUCGCCCAAAAGUCAUCCAAGGUCAAGCUCGUCGAAGGCAACAUGGACGACCCCGCGACAAUCUUCACGCGCGCGCGACAGCUCGCCUCAUCGGAGAUCUGGGGCGUCUACAGCGUACAAACGGUGAUGGGCAACGGAGUCGACGCCGAGGAGCGCCAGGGCAAGGCGCUGAUUGACGAGUCGCUCAAGCAGGGCGUGAAGUACUUCGUGUAUAGUUCCGUCGAGCGCGGCGGCGACAGCAAAUCAUCAUCCAACCCAACUGAUAUCCCGCAUUUUAUUUCGAAGCACCGGAUCGAGCAGCAUCUGUUUGAUAACACGAAGAACGGCGAGAUGGACUGGACCGUGCUGCGUCCUGUUGCAUUCAUGGACGGGUUCACCCCGGAUUUCAUGGGGAAGAUGUUCGCUACGUCGUGGCGGGUAGCGCUGAAGGGGAAGCCGCUUCAGAUUAUUGCUACCAGCGACAUUGGUGUCCUGGCUGCGGAGGCAUUUCAGCAUCCUGAUCAGUUCGCCGGCCGAUCUAUCUCACUGGCGGGCGAUGAGUUGACGUUCGACCAAGUCGACGAUAUCUUCAAGGCGAAGACUGGCCGCGCUGUGCCUACGACCUUUGAAUUGCCGUGUCGCGCAAUCCUGCGUGUUAUGGGAGACAUUGGGGCUAUGUUCCGUUGGUUUCACGAUGAAGGGUUCGGGGCUGAUAUUGCUGCGCUGCGCAAGCAGCACCCGGGAUUGAAAGAUUUCGCGACGUGGCUUGAGACGGAGAGUGCUUUUGUGACGCGCUGA